CUCAAAGUGGUUUCACCUCAAGAGCAGAGUGGGACUGUGUAAUCCCUAAAAAUACAUUUACCUUGUUCCCUUCUCUGGGCUGCCCUUGGGAGGUGCUGGCAGCUGGGACUGUAAUGGGACAUGACUGAUAGUGUCUCACAGCUGGAAAAUCACAGAAAAUUAGGUGCUUUUAGCAAAAAUAUCAGAGCAGGUUUAAUGACAAUACCCCUCUUAACAUUUCAGUUUUUGGUUUGCUUCCAGGUUCUCCUUUGGAAACCAGCUCUCUUUCUCUUUUCCAGCAUACACGAGAGCCUCAGUUACUUGGAAGGCAGAGCCACGGUCUUUCACUCCUGUUACCUCUCAGUGUGUGCAGACACCGGCACCACAGAGAUGCCCUCGGUGGUUCUGGGCCACUUCGUCCUGCCCCCUGCCUGCCUGCAAGAAGAAAUCAGAAGGAAAAUUGGCUGGUUUAUUUGGGAGAAGGCAGAUACCCUUGAAGAACAGCCCAACGAAAAUCUGACAGACGAACCAGAAGCAGCAAGAAACGACUGUGAGGAAGAAACAGAGGAGGAAGUGCUAGACCUGGCUGAGAGCAGUGAAGAAACAGACUCUGAAGCACCUGCCCAGGGAGAAUUUCCAUACCGUGCCCUCCAGAAAUACCCAAUAAAUAACAUGGUGACAGGCUAUGCCUCUGCACGGGACAUGAAGAAAUACGAGGGGGAACUCCAUGACUUUAUCCCUGGAACCUCAGGCUACGCAGCAUACUGGGUUCAAAGCAAAUUUAACAUUUACUGCAAGAAGACCAAAAUGAAGAGAAAAUUGUAAGGAACAGGUGGCUGGAGCAGCAAAAACAUCACUCUAAGAGCUGCCAGAUGAUUUAUAAACUGACUGCAGCUCAAGAGUAUUCAUUGUGUUAUUUAAGUACCGGCUAUAGUUAUUGCAGUGUUUUUUUUUUUAAGUAACUAAUUAAACUAAAUUUCACAACAAACAUAAAUACAGACCUUCCUCCUCAAAACACAAAAUACUUUCUUUUUAUUCCAGAGUGAGGUGGUGGCGGUUUAAGCUGUGUUUAACUAGUUUAAGCAAGUUUUCCUUGGAGGGACACAUCAAGGUCUCCUUAAUUUCAUUUAAUCAAGGAAAUGUAAGACUUUUCCCUUCCAUUUAAGCACUUGAAAAAUGACCAAUAGGUUAUAAAAAGCAACUUUUAUUGUGGCACAGCAUGAUCCCUGGGCUGUCUACCUGGAAAAA